UGAAAACAACAACAAUAACGCCCCCCCCAUAGACACACACACACACACUCACCAGUGAUAUUCGAAAUGAUCAACUGAAGAAAUCAUUUAAUGAUGAAUAAUUAUUGAAUCAAAAUCAUCAAUCAUUUCAUUUAUUAUUGAAUUCGAUUCAUUAUAUAUAUAUGUAAAAAAAAAAUUGAUUAUGACUAUUGAUCUGAUGAUAAAUAAUAAUCAAUUACAAUCAUGUAAUAAUUUACAUGAAAGAGAUCAUGUCUCAUUUAUACAAUCGAUUAUAUCAGUAAUUCUAUUAAGUCUCAUAUGUUUAUUAGGUAUUAUUGGAAAUAGUUUAGUAAUUAUUGUUUAUUGUAUAAAACCUAAAAAUUAUACUAAUCGUUAUAUGAUGAAUCAUCAUACAAUCAUAAAUAGUAACCAUAUGAAAUCAAAUAUCAAUAAUAAUAAUAAUAAUCCCUUGGAUACUAAAAUUACAAAAAAAUUUGGCAGUCAUUCAAUUUCAUUUAAAUCAUAUAAAUUACCAUUAUAUAAAAAUAAAUUUAAUCAACAUAAUUUAAUAUUAUUAUUGGCAUUUAUUGAUUUAUUCACAUGUGUUUUUAUAUUACCAUGGGAUAUAUAUCGUGUUGCUAAUUAUGCCUAUGAUGAAACUAUUCCUAUCUUAUCUACUAUACAUAAUGAUAAUAAUUUGAAUCAGAAUAAUUCUUCUGUAAACCGUAUUGGUAUAAAUUUUAAUAAAGAAUUAUAUACAAAUUAUCAAUUAAAUGUUAUCUUAACAUUAUUACGUAAUAUUAUAUUUGCAUGUGAAGGUAGUGUAUUAACUGCGAUUGCAUUUGAACGUUAUAUGAUACUUGUUAAACAAGAUUUAUGUAAAUCAUUUAUAUGUUGUCAUCAUUUAUUGAAUAAUAAUAAUAAUAAUAAUAAUAAUAAUAAUAAUAAUAUCACUUCAUUAUUUCAUAAAGUUCCAUCUACUUAUCAUACAAAUCAUGAUAAUAACUCUAGUGAAGUAAGAACAUCAUCAACAUUAAUGAAUGUCACUCAUAUGAAAGAUAAGAAUCAUCAAUUAUGUUCAUCGAAUACAUGUAUUACAUCAAUAUUAAUGAUAGUGAUUAUUGGAACAUGUUUAUUUGAAUGUAUAUUGAUUAUAUUAGAAUUAAUGAAAUGGAAUUGUCAAUUGACUGAACAAUUACGUGAAUUAAUUAAUCAAAUUUAUAUUCUAUUAACAUUUAUCUCAUUUAUUAUUAUAACAUAUUUAUAUGUAAGAAUAUUUAGAACAGUUAGGGAGAAUGAUUUACGGAAACAACGAUGGUUAACUUCUACUACUACUACUACUAAUAAUAAUAAUAACAAUAAUAAUAAUAAUAGUAAUACUAAUUAUUCAUCAAUGAAAUUAUUGAAUAAAUCCAAUUCAUUUAUACAAUCAUCCAUCUAUAAUAAUGAAAUAGAACCAGUAUUAAAGUUGACGAAUGAAGAUGAAACUAAUUCAGUAGUUAUGUUCAAGGAUCCAAAAAUACAUCAUUGUGAUACAUCACAAUCUAUAAGAUAUGGAUUACCAUUUAGAUUAGUGAAACAAUUAAGUUGUGAUCAAGUCAUUACAAAACAACCAAAACAAGAACGAGAACCACCACCACCAUCACAACAACAAGAAAAACAUUGUUAUCAUCAACAUCAAUUACAAACAACUAUACAAUGGAGUAUAUUAAAAAGACGUAUUCUUUUAAAAACACCAUCUAUAUCAACAUUAUUUGAAAAUUCAAAAGUUAAACAAGAAUCUAAUAAAUCUAUGAUAUCAAAAUAUAAUAAUCAAUCUACUGGAACAAAAACGACAGCGACAAUACCGUCUCCAAUAUCUCCAUUAUCUGUAAAUCGUUUAUUAUCUAAACGUGUAACACGUAGUCAUCGUACAGGUUUAAUGAUAUUUAUUUCUACUGUAAUAUUUUAUGCUACAUUAUUUCCUGUUUUAUGGGUACAUUUUAAAUUUUGGUGGAAAUAUACCACCAAAACCACCCCUACCACUACCACUGCAAUCACCACCAGCACCAACAUCACGAAUUACUCUACAACUAAUAGUAUUCAUCAAAUCAAUUUAUUACAUAAUAUGACUAAAUUUAUUCUAAAUAAUCAAGAGAAUGAUGGAAGUUUUAUGACAACUGUACAUCAUGAAUUUUAUUAUGUAAAUAAUGCUGUGAAUUUUUUUAUUUAUUCAUUAUUUAAUCAAAGUUUUCGUGCAAGAUUAAAACGUUUACUUGCUAAAUAUUGA